GUCACCCGCCGCCGCGCCCUCCUCCCCCAACGCAACGCUUCUCUCCGGCCCGCUCGCCGCCGCCGCCGCAGCGUUUCUCCAGCCCCCGCGCCGCUCAUCUAGCCGCGCUAGCGCAAGCGCCACCGCCGUUGAGUGGUGUAGUUUGAUUACUUCCUGGCCAUCUAUUCCAGCUCUAGGCGCGCUUCACUUUCGGUUCCGUUGCUGGGAGCCGGGUUUCUCCCAGGAUGUCGCCGGCUGCCGGGGAGGUCGCUGGAGCCCGCGGAGAGGGAGGCGGCGUGGAGGCGCAGAGAGUCUUCAUAAGCGCCGGCUGCAACCGUGUGGUGAACAACGUCUCUUGGGGAGCUUGCGGCCUCGUGGCCUUCGGCGCCCAGAACGCCGUCGCCCUCUUCUCUCCCCAGAGAGGUGAGAUCGUGACAACGCUUCCGGGGCAUAAAGCGCCGGUGAACUGCACGCUAUGGCUUCCCACGAAGAAGGAUGUGCUCCAAGUUCGUGGCAGGGAGACAUACUAUCUACUCUCAGGAAGUGCAGACGGUGCAAUAAUGGCAUGGAAGAUUGGUUCUGGGAAGGGAGAUUGGUCUCAUGUGUUGAAGCUUCCAGUGAUGCAUAAGAAAGGGAUCACCUGUCUUGCUGGAAGGAUGGUGUCUGAUACUAUUGCAAUUUUUGCUUCUACUUCAUCGGAUGGUAUUGUGGUUAUUUGGGAAAUGGUGAUUGAGCCCACCCCUGGUGGCAGCUGCAAAGUGUCUUGCCUGCAUACUUUGUCCGUUGGUUCAAAACCAAUGGUUUCACUUUCAUUAGCAGUGUUACCAGAACAGGGAAGCCAUCUAAUUUUGGCAAUGGGUGGUCUAGAUCAUAAGAUCCACAUUUAUUGUGGGGAUAGGUCGGGCAAGUUUAUUAAAGCUUGUGAACUUAAGGGUCAUUCUGAUUGGAUCAGAAGUUUAGACUUUUCUAUACCCGUGACAAUAAGCAGUGAAAAGCACAACCUUUUCCUUGUUAGCUCGUCUCAGGACAGAACCAUUCGGAUAUGGAAAAUGGAUUCAGAAGCUGUUUCUUCCGGGUCCACAGCACAAUUGAGGAAGGCAAAUAUUGAAAUGACCUCCUAUAUUGAGGGACCACUUUUUGUAGCUGGUAAUACGAGCUAUCAAGUAUCACUGGAAUCUCUUCUUGUUGGCCAUGAAGAUUGGGUAUAUUCCGUAGAGUGGCAACCGCCUACACUGUUACCUGGGAAUGAAGCUCAUCAGGUGAUGAGUAUACUAUCAGCAUCCAUGGACAAGAUGAUGAUGAUAUGGAGGCCAGAGAAAAAUACCGGCCUUUGGAUUAAUUCAGUGACUGUUGGUGAAUUAAGUCAUUCAGCACUUGGAUUUUAUGGUGGACACUGGCAGCCUGAUGGAAAAUCGAUUCUUGCACAUGGCUAUGGUGGUUCCUUUCAUAUGUGGAGAGAUGUAGGACUGGAUUCUGAAAAUUGGCAGCCUCAGAUAGUCCCGUCUGGUCAUUUUGCACCUGUGUCUGACUUAACAUGGGCAAGAUCUGGUCAAUAUUUGUUAUCCGUUAGUCAUGACCAGACAACACGUAUAUUUGCUCCUUGGAGAAAUCAAGUUAACCCUGGAGACAUGAUCUAUUGGCGCGAAAUUGCACGUCCACAAAUUCAUGGCCACGAUAUUAACUGUGUGGCAUUCAUUCAGGGUAGUGGGAACCACCGCUUUGUUAGUGGUGCUGAUGAAAAGGUCUCUAGAGUCUUUGAAGCUCCCUUAUCAUUUUUGAAGACCCUACAACAAGCAACUUUGUUGAAACCUGACAUCUCUGAUGAUUUUGACAAUGUACAAGUCCUUGGAGCAAAUAUGUCUGCUCUCGGGCUUUCACAGAAACCCAUAUAUACACAUGGAGUCAAGGAAUCCCCAAGCAGUAAUUCUAGUGAUGGUCCAGAUUCUAUGGAAACAAUUCCUGAUGCAGUUCCUACUGUUUUUACCAAGCCCCCUGUGGAGGACCAACUUGCAUGGAAUACUCUAUGGCCUGAAUCGCACAAACUAUAUGGUCAUGGAAACGAGCUCUUCUCGAUAUGCUGUGAUUAUGAAGGGAAGCUUGUUGCAUCAUCUUGCAAGGCUCAAUCAGCGCCAGUUGCUGAGAUCUGGCUCUGGGAAGUUGGAACAUGGAAAGCUGUUGGGCGCUUGCAAUCCCACAAUCUUACAGUGACACAAAUGGAGUUCUCUCGUGAUAAUGCUUUUCUCUUGAGUGUCUCGAGGGAUCGCCAUUUGUCGAUCUUUUCAAUCAGGAAAACCAAGGAAGGAGUGGAACACCAUCUUGUUACAAAGCAUGAAGCACACAAAAGAAUUAUUUGGGCAUGCUCAUGGAACCCCUUUGGUUAUGAAUUUGCAACCGGAUCAAGGGACAAGACUGUCAAGAUAUGGUGUGUUCAAGAUGCGUCUUCUGUGAAGCUGCUUGCAACAUUGCCUCAGUUCCGUGACAGUGUCACUGCACUGGCAUGGAUGGGCCGUGACCGUGCUUCCAAUGCCGGUAUUCUCGCUGUUGGCAUGGAUGAUGGUUUAAUCGAGCUCUGGAGCGUGUCAGGUGGAAGAGCUUCUGCAGGCAGUACUCCAGACUCGUCUCUGCUCAGUGCAGCGUGUAUGCUCCAAUUUGACCCUCUGCUGUGUCACGUGUCAACCGUGCACCGUUUACGGUGGCAGGAACCCGACUCAUCUGAUGAGAAAUCAGCACUUGAGCUGGCUUCGUGUGGAGCUGAUCACUGUGUGAGGGUGUUUGAUGUCCAUUGCAGGACAUAGAUCAAUGCAUCCAGAUUUAGUAGAUCAAACUGUUACGUGUCUGGCAGUUUUUUGUCGAUGUCUGCCAAGAUGUGUUGUAAAACUAGUCCUGAUAAUCAAAAAAUAGCUUUGUCAUGAAACAUUUGAUGUCCAUAUGUAACAGUAGUUUAGUGGUAAAAGAUGCAGUGUUGCCUCUCUCUCAUAUGAUCACGAAAGAAGAGGUCGAGUUAUUAGUGGUGACACAUUGCUGAAACACAUGUGCAAGCAUAUUUUUUUGUGAUU